GUGGGCAGCUCAGUCGUCCACCACAAAAAAUUCCACGGCGCAAAUAUCUCCCCACCGUGCUGCUAGUAUUUUCCUUGAGAACACAACAGCAGCUUCGCGUGCUCGUCUCUGAUCUCUCGCAGGUUGACCUUUGCUAUGAUAUAAUUGCCCGAUUGGAGGUUGUUGUAGUUUCCUCGUCGCUCUGCUCGAUUGGUUUGCUUGCUUGAGCUCAGCACGGGACCCUCGCCCAUGGCAGCGCCGUCGUGGUCAUCUUGCUGCGCCUCUACCUCCACUCGUCCUCUGCUUAGUCAUACUGCGGGCAGCAAGAGCAGGAAGCUAUGGUGGACAAGCGGUGGUGGUAGGGGCGGUAGCGGAGGGAAGACACAGCAGCUGUCCAUCUGCGCGGUGGCGGCACCGGCGGCCGUGGACUACGCGGACACCGGCGCCGACGACGUGCCCUCGCUUAAAUUCAAGCUGCUGAUCGCGGUGUCCGGGCUCAACCGGGGCCUUGUAGCUAGCCAGGAGGACCUGGAGCGAGCGGAUGCGGCGGCGAGACAGCUCGAGGCGGCCGCACCGGCUCCCGUGGACCUUGCCAAGGACCUCGACAAGCUGCAGGGGCGGUGGAGGCUGGUCUACAGCAGCGCCUUUUCGUCGCGGACCCUCGGUGGCAGCCGCCCUGGCCCGCCCACCGGCCGUCUCCUCCCAAUCACCCUCGGACAGGUGUUCCAGAGGAUCGACGUGGUCAGCGAGGACUUCGAUAACAUUGUGGAGCUCGAGCUCGGCGCGCCAUGGCCGCUGCCGCCGGUCGAGGCCACGGCCACCCUGGCGCACAAGUUUGAGAUCACCGGAACCGCGAGCAUUAAGAUCAACUUCGACAAGACGACGGUGAAGACGAAAGGGAACCUGGCCCAGUUGCCUCUGCUGGAGGUGCCCCGCCUCCCGGACAACCUCAGGCCGCCGACGUCCAACACCGGGAGCGGCGAGUUCGAAGUGACCUACCUCGACGACGACACCCGCGUCACCCGGGGGGACAGGGGGGAGCUCAGGGUGUUCGUCAUCUCAUAAGACGAUCUGCUGUUGAAAUCUCUCCUCGAUCUCCCUGCUCCGACUUAUUUUUUCGCCCCUAACUUGAUACAACUAUCUUGUAGCAUUCUCUGCCAAGAGUUCUGGUAUUGCUAAAAGUUUGCAAAUGUUUCCAUGUUA